CAAUAAAAUACCGGUCAACUGUCCUCUCUCUCCCUCCCUUGCUUAGGCUGCUACUCAGUCGCCUUCCGGACUUUCCUGGCAUUGGGUUAGCUCAAAGCUCACGUAUCACCCAAAUUACCAAAACCCAAGAAAAUACACCACAAAAACAAGAAGCAAGUUUCCAAUUCUAUGAACGCACAACAUUCAUGAAGCUGCCACAAACAUGACACAACUUUGCAGAAAAAUUGUUCACGUCAAUCUGCGCUGGAACAUAUUCGACCGGGUUUCGAUUAUUAGGGAGUUUUUCAAGUUCAUCUGGGACAGGUUUCUGGUUUGCUCCAUAGGGAAGCCGGCGAUCCGGUACCGGAGAUUGCCCCUGGGGACGACGUUGUCGCCUCCCCCGGAAGCCGUAGAGGGGGUUUUAGUAGUGGAUAACCCCGCCACUACGAGCUGUAAGGUGUAUGAGACGGAUGCGGAUUUGGUGAGCUUGAAGGUCAGCUUGUUGGGUGAUUGCCAGAUUGGAAAGACAAGCUUUAUGAGCAAAUAUGUUGGGGAUGAGCAGGAACAGAGGUAUUUGGAGAUGACAGGGGUGACUUUAAUGGAUAAGACACAAAUUGUUCAAGGAGCUCGGAUUUCAUUUAGUCUAUGGGAUGUAGGAGGUGACCAGAGUUCGAUGGAUCAUGUUCCAAUCGCCUGUAAAGAUGCCGUAGCAAUUUUUUUCAUGUUUGAUCUUACUAGUAGAUGCACACUGAACAGUGUUGUUGGAUGGUACACUCAAGCAAGAAAAUGGAAUCAGACAGCAAUUCCCAUACUAAUUGGGACAAAAUUCGAUGAUUUUGUAAGACUUCCCCCUGAUCUGCAAUGGACAAUCGUGACCCAGGCCAGGGCUUAUGCAAAGGCUAUGAAGGCGACCCUUUUCUUCUCAAGUGCAACCCACAACAUCAACGUGAACAAGAUCUUCAAAUUCAUCUUGGCCAAGCUUUUUAACCUGCCAUGGAAAGUAGAGAGGAAUUUGAAUAUUGGAGAGCCCAUCAUCGAUUACUGAGUUGUAUUACUCAGUUCACUGAUCCAUUUGUGUACAUAUAUAAUUGAGGGAGAAAAAAAAAAAAGACAAAAAACAAAGAAAGAAGAGGAAAAAAGAAAUGUGAGUUAGAAAAGGAAAAGGGAGAUUUUAUUUUCAAUUCCCAGCUGUAAUUUACCCAAGAAAAUCCCUUUAGUCUUUCUUUUCUUUUGGCCUUAGAGUGCUCACCCCUGUCUUGUUAUCUGAUCAUUACUUACACAAUGACAGAAGAAAUUACAGAGAGGUGAUAGUUUUUUCUUUUGUCUUUUUUUUUUUCUUCUUUCCUUGUGGUCAUAGUUGAUUUACCAAUUAUCAUGGCUAUGUAGGAUAUAUGGUGGUAUUUGAUGGUCGA